GAAUAUUGCUUUACAAACUCCAUUGAGCCGUCCAUUUGUCUAGAUUGUACCUCCAUUGACCACUACAUUCUCAAAAAUGCAUCCACGCCUCUUGCUCCUGCUCUCCGCCACCGUAUAUGCAAUACUUUUGACGACAUGGCCGGCCGAAUUAGUCCCUGGGCAGCCCGCUACCAUCACAUGGGCCGAAGCGUUGAAUGAAAAUAUCGCCAUCUCGCUGCUCGACACUUCGCAACUGAAUGACAUGAAGGUUCUGGCUGCGGAUAUGGAUCUCAAGUUCAACUCACUCUGCUUGGUCCCCGAUUCCUCCCUCUCCACAACCGCCACAUAUAUGAACCGUAUCUCCCCAGAGCAAUAGCGAAAGUUAAUCAAAUCUUGUGCCGGUCUCCGCUGCCCCUCCCGGCCCUCCCGGCCCUCCUCGCAACCCACAGCAUGAGUUCUUCAGACAAGCAGGUCUCUUUAUUUGACUGUCUCUCGUCGGAAGCGACUCAGUCGGGGUGGAGCAUGGUAUUUCGUCGGUAAGGGCGCGGGGAUUGGAUCUGCUGUUCAUUCGUUGGGAUAUGGCAUUUUGUAGGGAUGGAGGGUUGAUCAUCUGUUAUGGCUGGCAUGAAGACGCAAGUUGUCCAUGUAUUCCACUAUUUCUGUCUGUCAUUGGAUUUGGGGAUUUAAGACUCCCAUAUUUAUGUGACUGCACUCUGCUAUAUAAGAUAGCUCGAGCUACAAUAUACGAGCAGAAUAUGUUAUGACACUCAGAG